GCCGAUUUCGAUGAUGAGGUUAGAAACGCGCGCUCGACGCGCGACAACGACGAUCCGUACACGACACUUGUUGAUUCCACACUGUCAAGAAGACCACUGCACCCGUAUGCACGCAAACACGUCGUCACUCAUACACACAUGGACUUUUAACUUUCUCUUUCUGUUUCUCUCGCUCGCGUUUCGCGUUCUCUAUUUCCCUUACGUUCCCUCUUUCUAUCUUUUUCCCUUGUUUACCUUACUCCCAUCGACGAUGGCGUUUCUUUCAAGCAAGGCUCCAAAAUCUUUGACGCGAUUGAAAUUUAUACGUGAAGUCACGAUGUCGUCGAUUGCUCACAGGUAAUCGGAGGAACAGAAAGACAGAGAGAACGCGAGUGUUUGAUGACGAUAAGAUGAGAAAGACACGAACGAUAAACGAUUCAAGAGCCAAAAAUGCAAAUGGAAAAGAAAAAAAAAUUGGCAUACGUUCUUACUUUCAUACGAGCGUCAAUUUCGCUGAACGAACUACACACCGGCCAAGUCUCGAGCAAACUGGCAACCUCGGAGUUCGGAACAAAAGGCAACAAAUAGUUUAUCAAAUGAAUUUAGUAUCUGUGAAAUAUCUCGAAGGAUUAAUUAUAACAGACAUGGAAAAAUUACGAUCUAUGAGCAUUAAACAGGCCCUCCAGCUCUUCCUUGCGCACCGUAAGGCCCAAUGUAUCGCAGGUAAACAGGAUCUCAGAAAUCGAAAGAAGUAGUCUCUUCUGAAUGGAAUAGAUAGAAAAAGGUAGACCGUAUAACUCUAUCGUAUGAAUUUUAAAUUUUUUUUUUCUGUCAAUUGUCAUCUCGAAAU